AUGAUGGUGGAAUCCGCCUCGGAGACAAUCAGGUCAGCUCCGUCUGGUCAGAACGGCGUGGGCAGCCUCUCUGGGCAGGCCGAUGGCGGCGGUGGCGGCAGUAGCGGCGGCGGGGCUGCGGGCCCUGCCGCAGGCGGUGCGGGCAGGGACUCGGCCGUGGGCGCAGACAGCAACGGCGAGAUGAGCCCCGCGGAGCUCCUGCACUUCCAGCAGCAACAGGCUCUCCAGGUGGCCCGGCAGUUCCUGCUGCAGCAGGCCUCGGGCCUCAGCUCCCCAGGGAACAACGACAGCAAACAGUCGGCCUCUGCUGUGCAGGUGCCCGUGUCAGUGGCCAUGAUGUCGUCCCAGAUGCUCACCCCCCAGCAGAUGCAGCAGAUCCUGUCGCCCCCCCAGCUGCAGGCCUUGCUCCAGCAGCAGCAAGCACUCAUGAUCCAGCAGCUGCAGGAAUAUUACAAGAAGCAGCAAGAGCAGCUCCACCUCCAACUCCUCACCCAACAGCAGGCCGGGAAGCAGCAACCCAAAGAGGCCCUGGGGAACAAGCAGCUGGCCUUCCAGCAGCAGCUCCUGCAGAUGCAACAGUUGCAGCAGCAGCACCUGCUCAACCUGCAGAGACAGGGGCUGGUCAGCCUGCAGCCCAGCCAAGCCUCGGGGCCCCUGCAGACCCUCCCGCAAGCAGCUGUGUGCCCCACAGACCUGCCCCAGCUGUGGAAGGGCGAGGGUGCCCCCGGGCAGCCCGCUGAGGACAGCGUCAAGCAGGAGGGGCUGGACCUCACCGGCACGGCCACUACCGCUACCUCGUUCGCCGCCCCCCCCAAAGUCUCACCUCCCCUCUCCCACCACACCCUGCCCAACGGACAGCCCACUGUGCUCACACCUCGGAGAGACAGCUCCUCCCACGAGGAGACGUCUGGCUCCCACCCCCUGUACGGACAUGGAGAGUGCAAGUGGCCAGGCUGUGAGACCCUGUGUGAAGACCUGGGCCAGUUUAUCAAACACCUCAACACGGAGCACGCCCUGGACGACCGGAGCACGGCCCAGUGCCGUGUGCAGAUGCAGGUGGUGCAGCAGCUGGAGAUCCAGCUCGCCAAGGAGAGCGAGCGGCUGCAGGCCAUGAUGACCCAUCUGCACAUGCGGCCCUCGGAGCCCAAGCCCUUCAGCCAGCCACUGAACCCAGUCCCCGGCUCCUCAUUCUCCAAGGUGACGGUCUCCGCAGCCGACUCGUUCCCAGACGGCCUCGCGCACCCCCCGACCUCGGCCGCCGCCCCCGUCACCCCGCUGAGGCCCCCCGGCCUGGGCUCCGCCUCCCUGCACAGCGGGGGGCCCGCCCGGCGGAGGAGCAACGACAAGUUCUGCUCCCCCAUCUCCUCAGAGCUGGCCCAGAACCAUGAGUUCUACAAGAACGCCGACGUCCGGCCGCCCUUCACCUACGCCUCCCUGAUCCGCCAGGCCAUCCUGGAAACCCCCGACAGGCAGCUGACCCUGAAUGAGAUCUAUAACUGGUUCACCAGGAUGUUCGCCUAUUUCCGCAGGAACACAGCCACCUGGAAGAAUGCGGUGCGACACAACCUCAGCCUGCACAAGUGCUUCGUGCGUGUGGAGAACGUCAAGGGUGCCGUGUGGACUGUGGACGAGCGGGAGUACCAGAAGCGAAGACCGCCAAAGAUGACGGGGAGCCCCACCUUGGUAAAGAACAUGAUCUCGGGCCUCAGUUACGGAGCACUUAACGCCAGCUACCAGGCUGCCCUGGCCGAGAGCAGCUUCCCCCUCCUCAACAGCCCCGGCAUGCUGAACCCUGGCUCCGCCAGCAGCCUCCUGCCCCUCGGCCACGACGACGCGGGUGCCCCCGUGGAGCCGCUGCCCAGCAAUGGCAGCAGCAGCCCGCCUCGCCUCUCCCCACCCCAGUACAGCCACCAGGUACAGGUGAAAGAGGAGCCGGCUGAGGCCGAGGAGGACAGGCGGCCCGGGCCCCCACUGGGGCCCCCCAACCCCAGCACCGCGGGCCCUCCAGAAGACAGGGAGCUGGAGGAGGAGCUGCCGGGAGAAGAGCUGUCCUAAGGGCCUCCGGGGGCAGGGGUGAGACCCCGCCCUCGGGAGCAGGCCCCACUUACCCCCACACCCCGCCCCACCCAACCUCAAGGCACUUCCAGGACUCAGAUGGGGGGGCUGAGCCAGCAACUCCCAAGGUGACCUGACUGACCUACGACACUCGGGGGCAGGGACGGUCCGCCCCCCACCCCGAGGGGACACAGAAUCCCUGGUCUGGGACCGGCAGAGGACACGGAGGGCCCAGACCCCUCCUCAGACCCCCCCCCCCCAACAUCUGAAUUCCAUGCCCCUUGUCCCCAACCACCAGCAGCAACAGGGCCCUCCUCCCCCACCAGCUCGCCCCUACAGGGCCCCUCAGCGCCUUGGAGACCCGCAGGCGGGGCUAAGCCACCCUCUCAAACCCAGGGCACUGCACCCCUGGCUCUGGCCAUGUGGUCUGGCCAGAGGCCCCCACCUCCUCCAUCUCUGCUCCCUGUCACCAUCUUGUCUGUACUGUGAAGAAAUAGCUCCACCCUGACUCCUUCCCCUGCCCUGGCCUGGGUCAGGGCAGCUAAAUCUCAGAGCAGCCCCAGGAGAAACCAGCCCCCUCAGCUCUGCCUGUUCAGA